AUGAACUUAUUGCAUCAGCCAAGGAAUAAUAAAAAACGUCUAACAAUUUCAAAAGAAUUGGCUUAGAGAAAAUAGAGCAUUAUUUAACAUGUUUAAUGUAUUUUAAUUGAUUUUUAUAUUGUAGCUGGUGCUCAAUUAGUUAAAUAAGAUUCGUCUUCCAAAUUGAACAAAUAAGAGAAAUAAAAUCGAAAAGCAUCUAUAGAUUCAUCACUAUAUUCGCAUUCCUCAUUCUAUGUUCAAAAAAAGUUAAAUAUACAAAUAAAAUAGAAAUUAAAAAGAAAAAGAAUUAGAGGAGUAUGAAGAAUACUAAUUGAAUUCAUCUGAGUAUUCAGAAUAAUCCAUACCUACAAUUCAAUAUGUUAAAUAGGAAUCCAUAAAAGAGCCUAAUUAGUUAAUUGAAAUCUAUAAUGAUAAGAACCAUUAAUUUAGAGCUGACUUUGACGAAGUCGCUCAAGAUAAUUAAAAGCGUGAAAAACUUUCCAAAUAUCUAGAACUAUUUGUAUUAGAAUAGGACGAUCAUCCAGAAAAUGAAGUAGCAUAUUCAAAAAUAGUUAAAAGAUAUGAGAAAUACUAUUAACGCAAUCCUUUUUAGGAUCCAUUUUAUAUAUAAUUGGUACCAUUAAAAGGAACAAAACGAUUAUUUUAUGAAUUAAAAGUAAAUUUAUAUUUAAUUUUAAGAAAUAUUAAGAUAACAUAAAAUUUUUAAAAUUUAGAAAAAUUGCUGUUUUUUUGUCACUGAUAUUUCCAAUUUUAGCAAAUGAUAUGAUGAAUACUAGAAUCUAUAAGAUAUUGAUGACCAUAUUGAUUUUGUUUAAUGUCUUUCUAUUCAUUGUAGUAAAGACAGAACAUAGAGAAGACACUUUUGAAAUAGAACAAGUUGUUACAAUCUUAUUUAUCAUUGAAAUUAUCAUAAGAAUCUUGGUUUCUGGGUUCUUUUUCACAAAAAAUGCCUUUUUUCUCAAGAUGUAGGACAUAUAUGAUUUCACUUUAAUAUUCGCAACUACAAUAAAUCUGUAUUAUCCAGAAAUAUUUAUCAUUGACAUAUCUCCAUUGAGAAUGAUUACACUUCUAUUUUAUUUGGGAGAUAUCUUUGACGAUUUGCAAGUCAUGCUCAAAGCACUCAAAUAAUCCAUAAAAUUUCUAAUUGAAGCAUUGAUGAUAGUUGGACUCUUUUCUCUUUUCUUUGCAAUAUGCGGUGUAUUCCUAUUUCAAGGUUUAUUUAAUUAUCGAUGUGAAUAUGAUAAUGGCGAUGAGACAGAUGGAUGGGUUCAAUGUCAUGAAAAUUCUUGUUAUGAAGAAGGCAUGACUUGUAAAUUUACAUCUGAAACUCCAAAGAUGCCAACCUCAUUUAAUAAUGUGAUCUUUUCAUACGGUUAGAUUUUAAGAACAAUAACAAUGGAUGAUUGGAGUUGGGUGAUGUUUUAUACAAUGAGGAUAUUUCAUCCAUGGGUUUGGAUCUAUUAUUUGUUGAUCAUAUUUGUCGGUGGCUUCUUUGGAUUCAAUCUAGUUAUUGCUGUUCUUAAAACACAUUAUGCAGAGGCAGCAGAGGAGAGUGCAAAGAAACAAGAAGAGGAAGAAAUUAAUAAGUUAAUAAAGGACAAUUAAGAAUAUCCGGAGAGAGAACUCAUUAAUGUAUUUGAUGUUGCUUUUCUAAGAUACAUUGGAUUCUUUGCCACUAUUCAAAAGUAUAGGGAAUGUUUUUCAAGCAAGAUUAUCAUGACUUCUCAUUUGGAAUCUGAAUCGUAAAUGAAUAAAACCAUUUCUGAAGCCAGAACAUUAUCAGCUGCCUAGAAGAAAUAAAGUGGUCAACAUGUAUAAUAUGUAACAUAUAAGUUAGAAUUUUGAGAAUUAAAGUCUAUUAAAAAAAAUACAAGAAUUCACCACUAAGAACUUUUUACUUAGAAAGUUUAGAUUGUUAAAAUAUUAGCAAUUGAUAAUUAAUCUGAAGAACUACUCAGAAGAUCCUUUGGAGUUGGAGAUUCUAUCAAAAUUAUAAAAUACUUCCUAUUCCUGUUUGUAGUCAGAAGUGAAUUACUAAAUGGAAUAACACUUUUCAAGUUAAAAUGACGUUUUAUUAAAAUUCAUGUAAUUCAAUAAAAUAUUAUUAGUUAGAUAGAUUUAGCUUUGUAAGAGGAAAAAAAAUUUAAUCCUGAAAAAAUGAGGAAAAUCAAGUUUAAAUAGCAGUAUCCCAAUUGGUCUAAUUAGGUCAAGUUAAUUAAAAAAUAAGCUUAGUAAUAGAAACUGCAGAGAAGUUAUUUUCCUUCGAAAAAGAAGAAAAACAAAUGGAAUAUCAAUUUUAAAAAAGAUGAAGAUAAAGAAUAAGAUGAAACUAGCAAAAAUACUUAUGAAAUGCUUGAGAAGUCUCCAGAAUAACAAUAUUAAAAUUUGAAUAUAUAACAGAAAGCUUCAUUAAAGAAAAAAUCUAAAAAAUUUGCUAAGAUUGUAGAGGGUUAAGUUUUAAUAUUUGUUUAAGGAUAUUAUUUAACAUAUGAUGAAAUAAAAGAUAAAGUCAAUUUAAAGAUCCCAAUUAUAAAAAACAAUUUUACUAGCAAUUAAUUUAAAUACAGAAAGUUAAGAGAAAAAGAAUUAUAGGGUGGUAAAAUAAUAAAAAAGAGUAAUUGGUCAGGGAAGGAUGUAUUAAUAUUGAAUACAAAGAAUCUAGAAUAUUUCAAUCUAAUUUUUGUAUAAUUGAAUUAAAGAGAUGUUUUGAUAUGGAUGAAGGGAUUGAAAGGCAAAAUCCUAAACUUAAUAAAAUACACCAAUCUCAUUAUUACAAGCACAACAAGCAGGGUCUGUUUUGAUUUAGUAAUAUUCAUAAAUUUUACAUUCCUUUCACUUUGGAACAUUGCCAAUUCUAACACUAUCCAUUAGGUUGAAAAUGUUUCAACAGUUUUACUCUCAAUUGAAUUGUUGUUAAGAAUUACUUCAAUUAAAAUAAAAGAUUUUACUAGUAAUCCAAAUUACAUGUUUUAAGCAGCAAUAGUAAUUAUUAAUAUAAUUGAAUUGACAAUGAAGGAUUUAAUGAAUGUUUUUGAUGAAUAAAAUUUAAGAUUAAUCAGAGGAACCAAGUGUUUGUUAUUCUAUCGAUGUCUAAAGUAUAAUGCUAUGGCUGUUAGAAUUGGACAUAUAGCAUCAAUGACAUUUAAACAAUAUAUUUAUUUGACAUUUCUAAUGUUUUUGGUUAUCUUUAUGUAUGCUUUAGUUGGUAUGGAAAUGUUUGCAGGAGAAUUCGAUUAAACGGACACAUUAGGCUAAUUACAUUCAUAUGAUAAUAUUUUCAAGGCCUUCAUGACUAUUUUUAAUAUCAUGACCAACGAUGAUUGGUAUGGAGUAUAUGUAAUGGGAGGGCAAUUAAAUUACACCUUUGCAGUAAUCUAUUCAUACUCUAUGGUCAUUAUAUUGAAUUAUUUGACUUAUGGUCUAUUUAUGGCUGUAUUACUAGAUGGAUUUGGAAAGUAUUUGAAUCAAUCAAAUGAGAAUGCACCUUUAUUCAAUAAUGAAUAGCAUGCGGAAAUCACGCAGAAUUCAAAUGAGGAAUUGGAGAAACAAGUAUAAUAAACCAUUCUAAGUCCAAUAGGAUCUUAAACUCACAUUAUUUUAGAGAAUAACUAAGCAAAAUCUAAAGUUGAUUUGAUUACCAAUUUUUUCAAAUCUAUCAGUAAUAUUUAUAAUUAAUUAGUUAGAAUAAUUGAAUAAAGACUUAUUGAACAGAACCCCUAAACUAUACACUGGAAUAGAAUGUUAGAAUUCUCUCUAUAUAUUUGAUAAAGAGAAUAUCAUCAGAAAAGCAUGCACAAAAGUUGCCACAGCUAAUAUCUAUGUAUAUUUUAUGGAUCUAGUGUUGUAUGCAUCUCUUAUAACUUUUAUAAUGAAUACCUACUAUGAUUACGAGGAGAGAUCAAAUAAUACAUGCGACAUCAUUUAAUUAAUAAUAAAUAUAUGGAUGUCAAUUGAUAUUGUAAUAAAUGUAAUAGCCAAGGGAUUGUUUUUGGACAAAGGAUCCUAUUUUAUUUCAGUCUGGUAGAUUUUGGAUAUAAUUUAUAUUAUAUCUCACUUCAUAACAUUUGGAUCUUCGUAAUAUGCACAGAUUUUAGAUUUCUUCUUGUAUUUUGGAUAUCUAAGACCCAUGAAAUUGUUAUUUCGUAUUAGUUGGUUGACACAACUAAGAAUAGCACUUGGAUAUUCUUUAGUAGAUAUCACAAAUGUUUUAAUUACUAUGUUGUCUGUUUGGAUCAUGUUUGGUGUGUACGGAAUAAUCCUAUAUGAAGGUUCGUUUGGUUUUUGUGAUGAUAAAAUGAAUUUCGAGAUUAGUUACGAUUAAUGCAUAAAAGAGAAUAGACACUGGAUUAAUUAUAAGCAUAACUUCGAUAAUAUUACAGUUGCUAUUCCGACCCUGUUUGUGACAUCAACAUUGGAUGGAUGGGGCGAGAUCUACUAAGUAGCUGAGAAUAGUUAAUUGCCAACUAUAGGACCUUAGCCAUUCAAUAGUUAUAUAUAUACCUACUUCUUCUUUAUAAUCUUUGUAUUCAUUGGAUCCAUGUUCUUUUUAAGUUUGUUUACAGGAGUUCUGUAUUCAAAUUUGAAAGAAAAUCAGUAGAAGAUUGAGAUGACGGAUGUCACUUAGUCUUAGAAGGAAUUUCAAGAGAUCUCAUCCAUAAUUAUUAAGGAUUUCCCAAUAUUUAGUUCACCUCCCACCAAUGGUAUUAGAAAAUUGGCAUCAGAUAUAACUAAUAAUUCUUACCUUUUGAUUUUCAUGUAUCUCUUGCUGAUACUCGAUCUAAUAAUUCUAUUAUUAUUUGAAUCAGAUAUGAGUGAAAGUUACUUCAGAGCUGUGAAUAAUAUUCAUAAUGCUUUGACAAUAAUCUAUGUGGUUUGGAUCAUCUUGCUGUUUUUGGCUUUGGGAGUUGGUAGAUUUUUUGAUAAUUAUUGGAGAAGAUUUUAUUUCUUUUUGAUCAUAGUGGGCAUAAUUGAUUUUAUAGCUGAUUAUUCGAUCGAUUGGAUUAUGAUAUAUUAUAGAUCGACUCCUUAUGACAAGGCUUACUAGAUAUUAAGGAUUUUCUUCUCGCUCAGGAGUUUAAGAGUGAUUAUUAUAUUCCAAGGAUUAAUUAAUUUACAAAGAUUGAUGAGAGUGAUGGUGUUCGCAUUCCCUUUUUUAGGUAAGAUAUUUACGAUAUUGAUGAUUGCUAUGCUUAUUUUUGCUUUGAUUGGUUGCUAAUUGUAUGGUCAAAUAGAUAGUGGAGCAGUGAUGGAUGAUUAAAUCAAUUUCUAGAAUGUAGCAUAGGCACUGUUGGCUUUAUUCAAAUGUGCUUCUGGAGAUGAUUGGAGAACAAUAAUGACAGACACAAUGCAACACAAUCCUCUCUGUCUCGAUGAUCCUAAAUAUUGUGGAAGUGUUCACAAUCAAUAUUUCUUCUUCCUUUUUAUGCUCUUGUCUAAUUAUGUAUUACUCAAUCUCUUUGUCCUUGGAUUGAUUGAACAAUUUGAAUAAUUCUUUUAAUUGCAGAACUCCUUGAUUCAAACUUAUGUGGAAAACAUCGACAAAAUCAAAACGGUCUGGUGCAAAUACUCCUCUGAGACUCAAGGACAAGCUAUGAAUUACAAGUUUUUAUGUAAGUUCCUGUUGGAUAUUGGCAAACCCUUGGGAGGAGGGAAGGAGGAGAACCUAUGGGAUGUGGCCAAAUUAGCAUCAAGUUUCAAGUUAUAAUGGUAAUUAUACAUUUCCUAAUUAUAGUGAUCAUUAUGGUUACAUCCAAUACAAUCAAUUAAUAUAUGAAUUAUUUAGAAGACGUUUUGUCAAUGAAGUCUUUAAGGAAGGGUCGGAGAGUUCGAUUGUCAAAAUUAAGCAAUUCAAUAAAGAGAUGCAAUUGAGACUAAUGUAUUAUAGGAAAAAUAAACUGUUGGAGAGAUCAAACAUCAGUCCAAACAAGUAGCUUAAAGCUAACUUUAACAUCUUGCAUGAUUACUUAACUGUCUUGAUCCUAUUCAAAACUUGGGAAUCCUAUUCAAAAUUGAUCUUUUAGAAGAUUUGCAGAGAAAAUAACUUCUCAGACAGCGAUGAAAUUUCAAUUCAUAUUGACAAAAAGAGCAAACAAAAGUAUUUACAUUAUUGAUAUGAAUCUAGUUUUAAUAAUUAUGAAUUUGACGAUGACUUUUCUGAAUCUGAUAAUAUGACACAACAAUAGUUGAAUAACUAGAUAUCCUAACAAUUUAAUAACUCAAUCAAUCAAAAUUUAAUUCUACAAAAUAGCAGUAGUCUCUAAAGUGGUUCAAAGAAUCAUAUUAUUGGAAGUCUCAAGAAUACAAGUUCAAGAAGAGUCCAGAGUUUCAGAAUCAAAAAGAAGGGCAAUCAAAAAAUCAACAUCAAUCCAUCAGAACCUCAAAACAAUGAAUAACUUAAACAUUACAAUACACUCAAAAGUCAGUAGUAGAUUGAUUAAGAGGAAAAAUUACCCUAUUACAAAAACCAAUUUGAUUUGUCUCUCUAAAGCGACUACAAAGAAGGUACAUUAUUAAAUGCAAGAAAAAAUUAUUGA